AAAGAGAAGUAGGUCUGAGCCCAUCUCAGCCCCACAAUUUUACCUUCCUGCUUCAAGGUGCACCAUGCAAAUUCCUCUGGGGAUGCCUGCAAUGCUCCUCUGGAUGCUGAUCAUGACCUUUGCUGCUGCACUUAAAGAUACACUUUCCCCGAUAAAGAUGGUGGCAUCUGGUCCCACUGAGGGGAAGGUCUCUGGAUCACUCCCACUCACCUGUACUGUGACAGGAGCAGCUCUGGAUAGCCAUCUAUAUGACUGGAAUUGUGUCCGUCAGGCCCCAGGAGGGGAGCUGCAAUUUCUAGGCUGGAUCUAUCCUUUUGGGAAUAACACAGGCUAUGCCCCAUCCUUCCAAGGCCGAGUCACCAUCUCUGCAGACAAAGAAAAAAACAAGGUCUCCCUGCAGCUGCGUGCCCUUACAGCUUUAGACACAGCCACCUAUUUCUGUGCCAGGCAGAACACGGAAGGAGAAAUUGUUGUGGCAACAGACAAGCUCGUGUUUGGAACUGGGAUCACUUUUUCAGUUGAGCCAAGUAAUCAAGAAGAAUCUGCCCCAGAAGUCAUUGUGCUUAAAUCAAAGGAACCCAAACAAUAUGAUAACAAACUGAACAUGGCUUGUUUGGCACAGAAUUUCAAUCCAAAGAACAUCAGCCUGUAUGUGCCCAAGAGUGACACUGUAUAUGAUCUGAAGGCCCCUCUUGUCACAUCUGAAGGGAUGUAUAGUACCAUGAAGGUAGCUGAAGUGGAACCAGAUGCAGAGAUGACCUGCAAAGCUGUGUACAAGGGGAACAAGGCUACAGCAAACAUAAUUCUGCCAGAAGAGAAAAUUGAGGAAUUUGAAACAGUUCAUUCUUGCAGUGUUACAGAUGCUGCCGCAAAAGUGGAUGCCAAAAUGGAGAAAAUUAAUAUGCUCUUCCUGGCUGUUUUGGGUUUGAGGAUCCUGCUGGCAAAAAGCAUUGCCUUCAAUGCAGUCAUGAGUAUCAAGCUGUUUCUCUUCUGAGGUUGAGGUCUUGAGUAAAUGAGCUAACAACAGGCUGAAGAAGAGCAGCAAAGAACACACAGCUGGAUAAUUUAAACACCAUGAGUUCGUUUUUGCUACCAAUAAAUAUUUAAAGAAUCAACAACACAUGCCCCCCUCCCAGUUCCUGUAAAUCUAUGAGUUCCUUUCCUUCAUCACAGUCAGUUAACACCAUCUGGAAGCCUUCUUAAACAGCUAAUACUGAUGAAAUUUUGUCUAUCUUCUUUUGUCUAUCUUAGUUGCGUUAAUUGUUAGAACAAUUUUUGUUAUUUCUUAUUUCCAUAAGAGAUUUCCUUCAUCCCUCUGCUAAGCAGGACUAGUUAGCUCUCCCACUGCUAUAUCCAUUGCACUUAAAUACCCAAAUUGCUUAGAUAGAGUCAUUGACUUUAAACUCAACUUUAUACUUACUACGCUUUAAAAAAACACCAUCCCCAGUCAUAGUAGAGUAUUGUCCACAGAAGUAAUGCUUUUCUACUUUGAGACCCCAGGCACAGAGGGAGCAUUGUAUAGUCUUAAUUUUUAGAAGAUUUUAUUACAGGCAAUUUUCUGGUGCAGAUAACUAGACCUCCAGUGAAUCUGAAGGAACUCCCUUCAGCCCAGCACACAGUAUUUUCAGUUCUGCCUCUUCUGCAGAACAUUUUUAUUAAACAUACAGUACCUGCAUUUUAGGUUUCC